AUGGAGGAGACAAACAAUUAUGCGGAGAGUAAUGAUGCAAAAGAAGAUUUGGACCCUACUUUGCUUCUAGCUUGCAAAAAUGAUCAAGAUGAGAAUGAUAGUACAUGGUAUCUUGAUUCUGGCGCAAGUAGCCACAUUUACGGAAGGAGAAAUUUGUUUGUGGAACUUGAUGAAUCAACCGAUGGAGAUAUAACUUUUGGCGACUCUUCGAAAGUUCAAGUGAAAGGAAAAGGUGCGCUUUUGAUGCAUUCAAAAGAUGGCAGUCAUCAAUUAAUUUCCAAUGUAUUUUAUGUGUCGUCCAUGAAAAGUAACAUUUUGAGUUUGGGCCAAUUAUUAGAAAAGAAUUAUGAUAUUCACCUAAAAGAUAAAUACUUGACGUUAAAAGAUGAUAGUGGAAGAUUGUUUGCUAAGGUGUCCAUGACAAAGAACCGAAUGUUUUUGCUAAAUAUUCAAAGUGAUGUUUCUAUGUGUUUGAAAUCUUGUUUCAAAGAUUCAUCUUGUCUAUGGUACAUGAGAUUUGGGCAUUUGAACUUCGAUGGGCUGAAAAUGAUGAGCAAAGGAAGAAUGGUGAAAGGAUUGCCUUCCAUAAACCAUCCUAAUCAACUUUGUGAAGAAUGUCUUCUUGGCUAG